GAGUGAAAACAGUCACCAGUGUACAGCCAGUAACAAGAGACACGUGCAAACAGAGGGCAGUGACUGGAUUUAUCCAAGGUGGACUCAACACAGAACUUUAAAAAAGGCAAAAAGCUGUGUCCUGUCUACAGUUGAAGCUGUGACUAUAUACCCAACCAAGAAGAGCACACCAACUGACCUGAGUGCAGCCGGACAGGUUGAGGUGGAUGAGAUUGUGGCAGCCCAUCCCUGUGGUCAGCCUGUUCUCAUAAGACUUUCAUCCAAAACUCCUGCUUUGGUUCCAGCUCCUCUUAAUUUAAAAGACAACCCCUGCAGGACUCAGGAUGCAUGUGACACCCUGUCUCCUCCUAGCCUCCCUGCUCCUCAUCCUGCUCCCGUCCAUUGAGAUGAAAAGGCCAGGGAAGGGCAGAGGCCUCAGAGGAGCCCGACACAAACUCACACGGGACAGGGUAAGAGGUGCUGGGCGUCGCAGCAGAUCAGGCCCCUCCAGGCUUGUGUCACCUGACUGCUCAGAGUUGACAGAAUCUGGAGACGUCUUUGUUGACUGUCAGGACCGACGUCUCACUUCCAUUCCCACCUCACAAACCUGGUCCAAAGAACCCAAGCACCUACUCCUAGCCCGCAACCGGAUCAAAGUCCUUCGCGAUGGGGCCUUCUUUGGAUAUGAGAGUUUAGCCAGUUUAGACCUGCAGCAGAACCACAUCUCUUUAGUGGAGGAACAGGCCUUCCAGGGGCUGGUACGCCUUACAACCCUACUGCUGCAGCACAACCACCUGGGAACACUUAGUGAGGAGGCCCUUAUCCCCAUGCCAAAUCUUCGCUACCUGCGUUUAUACGAUAAUCCCUGGAAUUGUCUCUGCCAGAUGGAUAGUCUCAUACGCACCCUUCAGGUCCCAAGCAACCGUAACUUAGGAAAUCAUGGCAGGUGUGAAGAGCCCAUCAGGCUAAAAGGAAUGAAGCUGAAACAGGUUGACCCUGAGUUACUCUGUAAGGAGUCAGACCCAACCAACGACACACAGGGCAACCAAAGAGAUACCACAGACCCUGUAAAGCCCAUUCCAAUCCGCAGCAAACCAGAUGCCACCACUUCUUGCCAUACCUACCUUUUCCCCCAAAUACGAAUGGACUGCAGUAAACGAGGUCUAACUGAGGUGCCCUCAGGUAUUCCAGAGGAUGUUGUUCAUAUUGAUCUGUCCCAUAAUUCAAUCCAUCAUCUCAGAGCCAGAGAUUUCCAAAGCGCAAGGAGCCUCAGAACCCUCAACCUCAGUAAUAACAGUAUGGAGCACAUCAACACAGCGUCUCUGUCUGGGCUCCUGCAACUCCGUGAGUUGGACUUGUCUGACAACAGCCUGCAUUUUGUCAAGUAUGGGGUUCUUGAAGACCUUUACUUCCUGUCACAGCUAAAACUGGGAGGAAACCCCUGGGUGUGUAAUUACAGCAUCCACUACAUGGUGUACUGGCUGCACCUGCACCCAGGAGUGAGACACUCUGGCCUGCUCUGUCGCUCCCCUCCUGAACAUACUGGGGAGAGUGUGGAGGACUAUGUGCAUUCCUACAACAGAGUGUGCCCAAAGGAUAGACAGCAGAGCAGAACAGAUCAAGACGAAACAAACCCUGAGCUUUGGAACACACCGAUGGAAGUGCAGGGAGAGCUGGAGGAGGAGCUGGAGCCGAGCCACUUGAGAGUGCCACAGAAAUACCAGAUCAUCAGACUGUCCUGACUCCUGUGAAAAUUUGACCUGAAAUCUGACUUUUAAAAGGCUCUUUGUUUACCUUUCUUUAAUUUCCUUUCAAUAUUAUAAAACAGUCUGUAUCAGAUGGAGAAACUAUAUG